AUGGCAGAACGUCAGCGAAGACAAACUUCUCCCUCACGUCUACUACAUUUACCUUUAGAAGUCUUUGUCAAAACAUCGCAUUAUUUAAGCUUUGCAGAUCUAUGGUACUUGGGCACUAGUUCGAGAUAUUGCAGAGUUCUAGCUCAUCAAAUCAUUUGGCACAAAUACCAAAUUGAUCUAUCCAAACCAGAACUCAAUAUAUUCAGUCAUAUGGUACAUGCUGCUCUUGCCUACAUUACUCGACAUGGAUAUAAAAAGAACACGAAUAAAUUGGAUUACUUCAUCAUCCAGAGUGUGGCCAAUAGACUCGCUGUCGAGAUUUAUGAUAAAACGCCGUUCAAUAAUUGGGAGCCUUGUCUUGAUUUUUUCCUGGAUAAGACGCUUGGCAUCCUUCUGGAUCAUGUUUUUCUUGAUCCUUUGUUGGAUGUUGUACCAGCGCACUCUUCCUCCCCCUUUACUGACCUACAACGAAGAGCCAGCAAUGAUAAGAUCAACCGUCGGAUCUUGAUGACUGAAUUCUUUCCAACGCGAAUGGGCCGUUUAUUGUCCAGUUUUUUAACGACAUUUUAUCCAACGUUGACAGCUCUAUUUGAAACAGAAUCUACUACUGAAAUACAUCAUCGGCUCUUAUUGAAUCAUAUUAACCGUCAUCUUGAUAACAUGGCAAAACGAUACCAUAACCACUGUCAGCGCGAACUGUUGCUGGUUUCAUCUUCACGGACAGCACAUGCAAAUGCCCUAACUGCCAUCAAGCAACAUUUCAAAUUUAUACGGCUUAAUUAUCGUAUCAUGAUACGCUUUAUCGGAACAUUGUUACAGACAGAUCUUUUGUCAGCCAACGAUGUGAGCACCCUUAUUCGACAACGUAUCCAAUUCUUUUACCUUAUACCCCACUCGGAUGCCGAUGUUACAGGAUCCAUUUUUGCAACCUUAUCGAAUGAUACAAAACAUUACUUUUGGCAAAUGUGGCUAGACGAAAUAGAUUUUCAGAUGGAAACAUACUUAGAUUUAACGAGAUCCAUUUUAGCACUUGAACGUACUUUGCAGUCCCGAAACGCAGAAAUCAUCAAGAUUUCGUCCAUGCUUGAUGAAAUCAUGUCUAAUUUAAUCUCUAAGGAGUUUAGCAAAAACCUAUUUAUGCUUUUCACCACUGGUUCCUCCUCUCCCUCCUCGUCCUCCCAAGACAGCAACACAUCAAAUAUCACGAAUAUCACGACCACCGUCACAUCCGAUGCUACAGUAGCAACCACCACCACUACGACUACUUCUGUUUGA